CCAUUUUUCCAGCUGGUGAAACUAAGAAAACUUGGCCUGAGUGACAACGAGAUCCAGAGACUUCCACCAGAAAUAGCCAACUUCAUGCAGCUGGUAGAACUGGACGUCUCUCGAAAUGAUAUUAUGGAAAUUCCAGAGAGCAUUUCGUACUGCAAAGCCCUCCAAGUGGCAGAUUUCAGUGGAAAUCCAUUAACAAGAUUACCUGAAAGCUUUCCAGAGCUACGGAAUCUAACAUGCCUUUCCAUCAAUGAUAUUUCAUUGCAAGUUCUUCCAGAUAACGUUGGGAAGUAAGUAAAUGCCCUCCUC